AGAGAGAGCGCGAGCGCUCUCCUUGCCCAAAUGCAAGGACAUUACUGUGCGUGUGUGCGUGGUAAUAAUCGCAUCUUAUUCGCUGCUUCUUCUAGAGGCGGAGCAGUAGGCUUGCCGGCUGCCCACAUAGAGUAGCUCUGUCUCCGGUUGGGUCGUCUUUUUAUUUACCAUCCGCUCGCCGGUGUGCAGUUCUGGCCCGACAAAGUCGUGGGACACUCGCGUGUCUUGAGACUUACUUGCAGGCGACCCGCUGGAGCAUGGCAGCCAGAGAGGAGCUCUACAGUAAAGUCCUUCCUCGGAGACUCCGUCAGAACCGGUCGGGUUCCGCGAAAUGCAGCUCCAACCUGGAUGUGCUGUUGUCUAUGGGCUUCCCGAGACAAAGGGCGUUAAAAGCGCUAGCGUCAACCGGAGGCCGGAGUGUUCAAGCAGCUUGCGACUGGUUGUUCUCCCAUGUGGAUGACCCAUUCCUGGAUGACCCUUUACCCAGGGAGUUUGUCCUUUACCUGCGACCCAGUGGACCACUUCAGAACCAGCUCUCCCAUUUCUGGCAACAGAGUCGGGUCGCAUGUGGCAAAAACAAAGCCCACAACGUUUUCCCACACAUCACGUUGUGCCAGUUCUUCAUGUGUGCGGACCACAAGGUAGAGGCUCUCUGUGAGGCCCUCCAGGCUACCGUACAGCAGUGGCGGGGUCGAUUUCCCAGCCCCUUGCCCCUGGAACUGUACACUUCCUCCAACUUCAUUGGUCUUUUCGUAAAGGAGCAUGUGGCUGAGGUGCUGAAACAGUUUGCGGCUGACUUCGGCACAGAGGCAGCCAGGAAAGCUGCAGAGGUCCAUGUGGAGCCUCAUAAGAAACAGCUCCAUGUAACACUGGCCUACAAUUUCCCCAGCGAUCACCUCGCCACACUGGAAAAACUGGCGAAAGGCAUCGAGGUGAAGCUAGGUUGUGAUUGGCUGGCAGUUCUUUUCUCCCGGGACAUUCGUUUUGCAAACCAUGAGACUCUACGAGUGAUGUACCCCUACACGCCGCAGAAUGAAGAUGAGAUGGAGUUGGUGGUGGGGGAUUUUGUCUUCAUGUCUCCAAUGGACCAGAGUAACGCCACGGAGGGCUGGGUGUACGGGACCUCCCUCGCCAGCGGGCUAUCAGGUCUGCUGCCCGAAAACUACGUGGGCUUAGCUGACGAGUCUGACACUUGGGUCUUCCAUGGCUCCCAUUCAUUCUUCACUUCUGAGCCCUCUGAUAAAACCAUUAGGGAGAGGGGAAUGUUUGUCGGACUGCUGGACAGCCGACACCAUGAUACAAGUCCUGGAGACACACCAACUGUCAGUCUUAUUUGUCAUCCAGUGCAGGUCCUGCGGAUUACUGGUAAUCACACUCGUCAGCCCAAGCGGUCAUUUUUUGUUUGUCGACACGGUGAAAGAAUGGACGUGGUCUUUGGAAAACACUGGCUCUCACUCUGCUCAGACAGUAAAGGUAGAUACGUCCGUACCAAUUUAAAUAUGCCGCUGACUUUGCCACUGUGGGGAGCACAAAGGGAUUAUGACAUGGACGCACCUGUGACUGUGUUUGGAUCCAUGCAAUCACAAUUAGUAGGUGAGGCCCUUUUAGAAGGUAACAUUGUGAUAGAUUUUGUGUAUUGCUCACCUGCUCUGCGAUGUGUUCAGACUGCCCAGAGCAUCUUGAAAGGUAUGCAGCAGGACGGCAAGCUGAAAAUUCGGGUGGAGCCGGGUCUUUUUGAAUGGACCAAAUGGCUUUCUAGGAACUCCUUGCCUUCAUGGAUACCUCCUGCUGACCUUGCUGCAACCCAUUUCAGUGUGGACACGACAUACAGACCGUUGAUCCCCAUCGGUAAGCUUACAGUGUCCGAAUCGUAUGAGAACUACAUGAGUCGAAGCCACCAAGUGACCAAAGAGAUCCUAUCAGACUGCAAAAACACUGGAAACAAUGUGCUGAUUGUAGCUCACGCCUCUUCCCUUGAGGCCUGCACACGCCAGCUGCAGGGUUUUGUCCCGCGAAGCGCCAAAGACUUCAUCCAAGGAGUUCGAAAGAUCCCUUACCUGGGCCUCUGCUCUUGCGAAGAGCAGGGCAACUCGGGGCAAUGGCGGAUGGUCGACCCGCCCGUCCUUCCACUCACACAUGGCCCAAACCACAGCUUUGACUGGAGGGAGACACUUUUACAUUAAUAACAUUUGUUUGAUUAUCAAUCCCACGAAGUGCAUCCAUCCAGCGGGAUACAGCAGAAGUGUAACGACACGAGACGAACAUCUCUUUAGAAGCACCAAACACUGGGCCUGUCGACAGGAGUUUGAUGUUGGUUUAAUGAGUGACUCAAAGGAGACGUUCAUUUUGGCACUGCGGAGAUAAUGACACUCAAGUACAGGUGGAUCAAACUCAAUUGAUGUAUCUUCAUCAUAAAUCUCAGGAAAUGUUAGUGGAAUCUCCAAAAUUCAACAUAACCCAUACAUUUUUACAUGAGCCUUUUCUGUAAUGCAUGUUUUGUUGAACUGACUGACAUUUUAUUUGAGUGAGCAGCCAGAUGCCUCACCAAAUCACAGUAAGCACCAUUCCUAGUUCUGCGGUUGUCAUUGCGCUCUUACUCUUUGUCGCUUCUGGCGGCAUCCCCAAAAGUCAAGGGGAAAAAAAAUCUAAACGUGGUUGCGGAGUGAAUUAUUUAGAUGCUCGCUGAGUUGCGGCCUCUCAAAACGUGAUGAAUCUUGUCUAAUCAGGCGUCGUGAUGCGUUUGAGGUUCCACUAGGCUCCGUCAACACCGUUUGCAUCGUUUCUAAAGCAAAACAAUAUGUAAUAAGAUAACUAAUAAUAACUAAUGAGGACGGCUGUGACUGGGUAAAAAGAUUAAUUCAUUCAUUCAUCUUCCGAGCCGCUUGAUCCUCACGAGGGUCGCGGGGGGUGCUGGAGCCUAUCCCAGCUGUCUUCGGGCAGUAGGCGGGGGACACCCUGAAUCGGUUGCCAGCCAAUCGCAGGGCACACAGAAACGAACAACCAUUCGCACUCACACUCACACCUAGGGACAAUUUAGAGCGUCCAAUCAGCCUGCCACGCAUGGAAUGUGGGAGGAAACCGGAGCACCCGGAGAAAACCCACGCAGGCCCGAGGAGAACAUGCAAACUUCACACAGGGAGGCCGGAGCUGGAAUCGAACCAGGUACCUCUGCACUGUGAAGCCGACGUGCUAACCACUGGACUACCGGGCCGCCCUGAAUAAAAGUUGGUCUGUAUAACGGGCCGCCGAAAAAGAUUCAUACACAGUAAUUCCAUUCUCUUUGUGACACCACUUUAAAAAAAAACUGAGCAGGGACUCUACAACAAUUAUGUAAGAUAAUCAAGAGAAAAAGAAAAUUGAGCAUUGUCUCUUUCUCAACACAUUUUUGGAGGCCCAUCCCCUUUCUGAGCAGGAACUCUACAACAAUUAUGUAAGAUAAUCAAGAGA